CCCGCAGGUCUGUGCGCCCCAAUGGCCCGACUGGGCCCCUCCCCAGCGAAGUCCCUGGGGCCCUAGUGGUGGCACCGAGAUGGACCUCCCCCCACAACCCGCCCCGUUGGGUCCGAAACUCGGCUCCCGGUCCAGGGCAGAGGCAUGGAGCCAGUCAGCAGCCCGCUGACCACACAUGUGCUGGACACUGCCUCAGGGCUCCCUGCCCAGGGCCUCUGCCUCUGUCUGUCGAGGCUCGAGGACCACGGCCAGCAGUGGACAGAACUGAGGAGAAGGCUGCGGGCCCAGGUCCCAUCUGAAGGUCAGCUGUGGUCUUGGAAGAGCACAUGGAGUCCCCUGGGGGGUCACAGGACCCAUUCCCAACGCCCACAAGUGCUGCUACACCGACCCCGAUGGACGCUGCCCUGGGCUCCUGCUGCCAGGCCAGAUGAAGGCGGGCACCUACAAGCUGACCUUCGACACCGAGGGUUACUGGAAGAAGAGGGGGCAGGACAGCUUCUACCCGUCGUUUUCACCAUCACAAACGAAUCCCACAAGUUCCACGUCCCCCUGCUGCUGAGCCCAUGGUCCUACACCACCUACCGAGGGAGCUGACCACCAGCUGGCCCGAGAGCACCAACGCCCUCACUGUAGCCUGAGCCGCCCCCAGCCCUGCACAGGGCUCCAUGUUCCUCAUGGGGCCUCAGGUCCCACUUCCUGGGGGAGGUUCUGGCCCCCAAUUCCUAGUGGCACUGUGACGUGGGCACCAAUAAAGUCAUGUGGCACCUGCA